GUGUGUGAACAAACUUGUACCAGAAAUAUUCUGUCAAAUAGUAGAGAAACAAAAGAGUGGAAUAAGAACUAGAGGCACAGUAAGUGGAAACUGUAUAGAACAACAUUUGGUCAGACAUUGUUUUCAGUAAAAUGCUUUGCCAUCCAAAAUUAAAACAUUGACAGAACUCAAGGUUUUUAAUACGCAUUUAAAGCAAUGGCUGUGAACACUGACUGUACAGGAUACAAUACAAUGCAUACAAACAUAAGGUUGCAUAUGUUAGCAUGCACAGACACAUGCACGCUUCUUAUUUUGUGUUCUUGUAUUGUUAAAUGUUUCUGGACUCUGUUUUAUAGUGAUUUCUACAUCUACUUAAGCCCAUAUAUUAUUUCAUGUACGGGAUGUAUUUAUUUGUGUGUAUUUUAACGGUUGUAAAUUUUAAACUCAAUUUUAAUUUUAUAAGCCUAACCGGGAACAGGGGUUGCAAAUUAAUCAUGGCUAGAAACCUGUAUGCAUGGCAUCUACUUUGUAUUCUUUAUAAAGCAAUGUUCUAUGCAAACAUUAAAUAAAUAAAUGAGAUCAACUUUAUUGUCCCUUAAGGGAAAUUUGUCUUGGGAUUAAGUUGCAGGUCUGACAGACAGACAGCCGACAUAGCCAUCCAUAAAACUGAAUACUGGCUAGGCAGCUAUAUGCGUGACAAAUAAGACUAAUAGUUGUCUUUGCAGAUUGAUAUCGACUCCAUACUGCUGACAGUGCCAAUCAGAAGUCUUCCAGUGCAAAGGUCCUAAUUUUUUAUUAUUCAAAAUAUAAGCGUAACUUGAUAAGCUUAUCAAGUCGGGCUGCUUGUCAGAGUUACUUACCUGUCAAAUAAACCAAUAAAUGUUUCCACCUUAUGAGCUGUUAUGAAUGUUUACAGGAAUCAGACCGUCUUACAUUGGCAGUUUGAAUCUCUAUACGGCGGCCGUCAGUUUACUGCAUUCCAGGACAUAACUUGUUAUUAUCCACGCUUACUACUGUGAUGGAAAUUUGAUAUUUUACUCUGUUUACUGUUUCACCCUGCAUGCUCUAUUAUUAUAUACAAAGGUCUCACUGUAUGGUAUUUGAUUAUUUUAUCAUGUUACAGCUAGGUGACGUUUUCCAUGGGAAAGAUGCUCGUUAGAGAGUUUUCUUAUCUGACUGACCUUGAUAGGCCUUUGACUCAGGACAGCUGGUCCCUACUCCCUUGCUCUUUUGCUUCCUGAGUAAUAAAAAGUCACCUGCUCCUUCACUGGCUCUUUGUCUUACACUCUGCAGACUGUUUGCACUCUGUAUGUUUGUCCGACCGUUUGCAAAGAAUAAAACCCUUAAAAGACGUCCAGAUUGAAUUCUUUAUUUCAGAAGACUCACUAAAGGUUUAAUUUCCAUUACACUACCUUUUCACCUCACGUGUAUCAUGUGAGUUUAAAGGUGUCAAAAGCAUUGUCAUCUGUCGUUUGAAAGACUGAAAACACAGAAACGUGAGGUUAUCUCAUCACAUUCUAGCAAUCAGUUACUUACCUAUUGCUUGCACCUGGUCCAGAGGUCACUGCUGUUAUUUCUCCUUUCUGUUAGUUGUCUGCGUUUUCUGUUUGUGAGAGUGUGUCACUUUUUUUUUUUUCAAGGGACUUUUUCCUCAUCCGAAUUGAGGGUCAGAUGCUUGGAGAACCCUCCGAGGCAAAUUUGUGAUUUGUGAAUUUGGCUAAACAUUGAAUUGACUUGACUUGGCUGCCAUGGGUUGGCUGAAGGAGUCGGAGAAAAAGAAGAAGAUCAUUAUAGGUGUCUUGGCUGUAUCGAUCGUGACCCUAAUCCUCGGUCUUGGACUUGGUCUCGGAUUGGAUUUGCAGAAAUGUCGAAACAAAGUUGUUCCCCAGACGUCCUGCAGGAAUCGAUGCUACGAGCCCUAUGAUGACGAGAUCCCCAGCUGCAGAUGUGAUGAAAACUGUAUCGCCAGCAGCAGCUGCUGCUACGACUACCAUGACAUCUGCACUGUCCCUACUCAGCAGUGGGAGUGCACGAAGCUGCGCUGUGGAGAGAAGAGGCUAACGCAGAGCAGAUGUCACUGCUCUGAUGACUGCGCGUCUGCAGGAGACUGCUGCACAAACUACAAACAUGUCUGCAAUGGAGAGAAAGAGUGGGUGGAGGACGAAUGUGAGGACCUGUCAGCCCCCACAUGUCCAGCAAGCUUUAAGCGCCAGCCUCUGCUCCUCGUCUCUUUGGAUGGGCUACGGGCUGAGUACUUGCAGACCUGGAGCUCUGUCAUCCCUGUUCUGGACAAACUCAAGAAGUGUGGAACCUCAGCACCGUACAUGCAGGCAGCAUUUCCCAGCAAGACUUUCCCCAAUCACUACACCAUUGUUACGGGUCUCUAUCCAGAGUCCAACGGUUUGAUUGACAACACUAUGUAUGACCCUGUGUUUGAUGCCACCUUCAGUCUGUCCAGUCCAGAGAAAGAUAACCCUAACUGGUACCUCGGAGAGCCUAUUUGGCACACAGCAAUGUACCAGGGGCUGAAGUCUGGGACUUUCUUUUGGCCAGGAUCAGAUGUCAAAAUCAAUGGAAGCUUUCCCAACAUCUUCCAACCUUACAAUGGGUAAGGACUGUCCUUUCUGUUCAGAGAGAGUUUUGAAUCCCAGGGAAUCAGAAUAAAACAUCUGAGAACAAUGUAUUUAGUCCAAACCAAAUGUGUCUCUUGUAGUUGUUGUGUAACUGUUUCCCUAAUUUGUUAUUGAACUUUCAGCUUCACCAUGAGAUUUUUGCGCUGACACCAUGUUAAAGUGUAUCAUUUGCUUUCUAGAAAAAAACAAACCAAAC